CAUAUACGUUCCUUGGCCAGAGUCGCUCAUGCACAAGCUAUUAAAUAAAGCGAGAGCCACCAUGAUCAUCGUUUUCGUCGCAGUACCAUACCACAGGUAGUCCCACCAUCAUGAAGCUCUUGCUCGCUUUCCUGAGCCUUGCUCUUGGCAUACUGGCGGAGAGCUAUCAGACUGGCAAUGCUACUUUCUAUAACCCAGCACUCCCUGGAUGGCACUCUGAUCCGUCUUGUAUCCGGAGAGACGAUACCUUCUUCUGCGUAACAUCAACAUUUAUUGCUUUCCCCGGUCUUCCUGUCUAUGCAUCCAAAGACCUGCGCAACUGGAGGCUUAUCAGCCAUGUCUGGAACCGUGAGUCGCAGCUGCCGGGGGUGAGCUGGAAUACGACCCAGCAACAGCAGGGCAUGUACGCCGCGACGAUUCGUGAACACAAAGGAGAGAUAUACGUGGUUUGCGAGUACCUGGGUCUAUCUCAGGGUAUCAUUGGUGUUUUGUUCAAGACCAAAGAUCCUUUCAACGACGCAGCUUGGAGCGAUCCCGUCACGUUCUCCCCCAAGAAGAUCGACCCAGAUCUCUUUUGGGACGAUGAUGGCACGCUAUAUGUGGCGACACAAGGUAUCAUCUUACAAAAGUUAGAUAUGGAGACCGGUGAACUCAGCCAGCCGCCGAUCAGCCUCUGGAAUGGAACUGGCGGUGUAUGGCCUGAAGGACCUCAUAUCUACAAGAAAGACGGAUAUUACUACCUACUCAUUGCCGAAGGCGGAACUGCAGAGGACCAUUCCAUUACGAUGGCGCGGUCUCGUAAGCUCACCGGGCCCUACGAGGCAUAUGCAGGAAAUCCUGUGCUUACAGCUCGCGGCACACAGCGAUACUUCCAAACGGUCGGACACGGGGACCUGUUCACCGACAAAGCUGGGAACUGGUGGGGCAUGUGCCUUGCGACACGGUCCGGGCCUGCAUAUGAGAUAUAUCCUAUGGGCCGUGAAGCCGUUCUUUUCCCAGUAACCUGGGAAGAAGGCGAAUGGCCGGUAAUGCAGACAAUCGAGGGCAGAAUGAGUGGAUGGCCAACCAUGCCCCCACCUAAUCGCCGCAUCCCUGGUGAUGGACCGUUCGUUGCCGACCCAGACUCAUAUGAUUUUGAAGCGGGCAGCUCCAUUCCGAAGAAUCUCAUCCACUGGCGCGUCCCAGCUGAAGGAGCCUUCAAGAUCUCGAAGAAAGGUCUGCAAGUCACACCUUCACGUGCAAACUUAACAGGCACUCCUUUCGGCAACGUCGAGACCAGCGGCCAACGGGGGCUUUCCUUCAUCGCUCGCAGACAAACAGAUACUCUGUUCACCUACAGCGUAGACCUAGUCUCAAAGCCAAAAAACGCCAACGAAGAGGCUGGUGUAUCAGUCUUCCUUACCCAGGUGAACCACCUGGACCUUGGCGUCGUCCAGCUCCCUCCCACGAAGCCCUCAGAAGAGCCUCAGCUCGCCUUCCGUUUCCGCGUCACUAGCGACAACGUCCCCAUCGCCGUUCCGGAACCGCACAUUGUGCCGGUCCCCGCUGCAUGGAAACAAUCGAACCUGCGAUUGCAGAUAUCGACGUCGAACAACGUGACCUACGAGUUCUCCGCUAUGAAGGCUGGUCAUCCCGAGUCGGCUAUCAAGAUGGGGACUGCCUCCGCUCAGCUCGUGUCCGGUGGAAAUGGCACGUUCGUGGGGAGUCUGGUAGGAGCUUAUGCGACAUGUAAUGGAGCUGGCAAGGGAGUCGAUUGUCCAAGGGGGGAGCCUGCUGUUUUUAGCAGGUGGAGAUAUACUGGGAAGGGACAGCAGAUCUCGAUCAAUGAGGUGGUAUAGAAGCUAAGAUCAGAUACUUGACUUCUUUGACU